UACCCACAAGCCUUUGCACGUCUCGAUCAUCGCUCUCGAUACAAGAAGGUCGUGUUAGCAGCGCAGUUCAGUGACAGAGGAUAAACCAGACACAAACAAUGCUGGGACAAGCUGUGAGGAGAUUCACAACCUCCGCCGUGCGUGCUUCGCACUAUGCCGAAGGACCCGGCCAGAACCUGCCAUUCUCCGUGGAAAACAAGUGGCGCCUGCUGGGCAUGAUGGUGCUGUUCUUUGGCAGCGGCUUUACAUUCCCCUUCAUCGUUGUCAGACAUCAACUCCUGAAAAAGUAAAAUGGCUCUGCUAUUGUUCAUCCCAGAGGUGAUAGCUGGAACAUAUUUAUCCAUCAGGGUUUUGUCCUUCAACUAAAUGGAACCAGUUAAUUGUCUUUGUAAAUAAAUGCCCUUAAAAUAUG